AUGCUGCUGCUCUCCCCGCCGGGGCUGCGUGAGCUCCGCCCGCCACUGCCCCUCGCAGCCCGCGGGGCCCCGGUCUGCCCGCCUCGCGCUGGGCCCCGGGCCGGUUCCGACGCCCACCGCGCCCGUGCCCUGCGGCACCCUUCCUCCUCCUCAGCCCCGCCCUGCGCGGUGACCCUCGCCCCUGCCCGGCUUCGGCUCGGCCCUGGCCCUCCCGCCAUUUUGGGCGCCUCCGUCCGCCUCUGCGCUUCCUGCUGCCCUUCCCCGCUCCGCGAUGACCUUGGCCCUCCCGCCAUUUUGGGCGCCUCAGCGCUUCCUUGUGUGUUGCUCUUGCCCCGCGUGCUCCACCUCAGCCCGGACCCUGCGCUGCUGACCUCUCCCUUCCUGUCCAGGUCUUCGUCCUCCACCAUUCGCAGCUUGGCUCCUUCUCCCGUGUGUUUUGAAGCAGUCUACCUGGCAGAGCAUCGCCGCAAAGCUGUAAAGAUGCUACACUCAAGAGAGGCUUCGAAUGUUCUCCCUGGGAAAGAAGAGGACCCUCAAACCCUCUACAUAAGAAACCCAGGCUUUCUGAGACCAUCUUAUCCAGACUAUAGGCAUUUUCAGUGUUUCUUAGUACCUAGUCUUUACCAACCUGUGAGCCAAGUCCAGCAAUAUUACCAGCCAUGGCUGCAGCCAGAGACCGAAACCAAGGAGGAGAUAGUAGAACAACUGGUGAUGGAACGAUUUCUGACGACCUUCCCAGAGACGCUGAAGAUCCAUGUGAUUUCACAACAGCCCAGGGACAGAAUGGAGGUGGGACUACUGGUUCCACAUGUGAUGCCAGAAUGUGAGAAGAAGCAUGAGACUGGUGCCCCUGCUCAGAACCCUGUCAUCGAAGUAAAGAGAGAAACCAUAAGUCCAGAGAUGUUGGACAAUCUGCCUUCACCAUCUACUAAGCCCAAGGUAAUUUCUGCACUUGAGAACUUUGAGGAUGUGGCUGUGGACUUCAAGCCUGAGGAGUUGGGUUGCCACAGUGCUCCUCAGAAGAACCCAUACUGGGUGGUGAUGCCACAGAAUUAUGAGAACCUGGUCUCUGUAGAGUACCAAUCUUUGAAACCUAACAUCAUCUCAUGCCUGGAAGAAAAGCCUGGCGCAAUGGAGGAAGAGGACAGCAAGGCAGUAAUGUGGAAAAGUGAACCUUCUGACGAUCCAUUGGAAUUGCACCAGGAAAACCAGCAGCAGGAGGGAAGCCUUGGCAGUGAUGGAGUUGAAAGAAGCUCUGAUCUUACCAGUCUGUCAGAGAAUCUUCCAGAAAAUGAUCCCCAGGAGGGUACUAUGUUUGACAUUAGUAACAGGUUUCAGCUACCAUAUCUCAUAUGCAAAGUUUGCAACAGAGUCUUUACUAGUGAAGUAGGCCUUAGGAAGCAUGAGUCUUUCCAUACUGGGAAGAGGCCCUUUAGAUGUCAUCUGUGUGAUAAAGGCUUCUUUCUCAUGCCGCACCUCAACAAACACCUAAGGAUUCAUUCUGGUAAGAAGUGCUCGGGGGCUAAUAUGCGUAGAAACCCUUCCGUCCCACGUGGAGUAGCCAUCUGCGGUCGUGUAAGCACUAACCUUCAGGAGGAUGGCCAUGAAUGUUUGAAGUGUGGCAAAGCUUUUGUUCAGGAUGUGCAUCUUGUUCAGCAUCUCAAAGCCCAUCAGGUGGCUGAGUCCCUUCCCCCUCAGUUACCUCGCAAAACAUACUCAGUUCGCUAUCAGCGGAAACAUGACUAUGUGGGGGAGAGAGCCUGCCAGUGCUGUGACUGUGGUAAAGUUUUUGGUAACAGUUCAUAUCUCAUUCAUCACUAUCGCACUCACGCUCACAAGAGGCCUUACCAGUGUCGGCUGUGUGGGAAAUGUUUUAGCCUACCCUCGUACCUCACUCAGCAUUAUCAACUGCAUUCCCAAGAGACCAACUGA